CGCCAGGUGGAAGUACCCCCAGGCCUCGGAGUACGGCGCCCCCAGGCGGCCCGCAGCCGCGUCCGGCCCGCCCGUCUCUUCCAUGGUCACGGCCGGCUCGUCGCUCCUCAUUCUCUAGGCAGCGCCUGCACCGAGGGACACAGGGUUCAAGGUGUGUGAUGGCACAAGUCGUUAGAAGAAAUCCCCUGAAUCAAGGUCUGGACAGAUAAAGGAGACCUCCUCUCCUCUGCUGGCUUUGAAGGAGCAAACUGCCUUGUUAUGAGCUACCAUAUGCAUCAAGGAGCUGAAGACAGCCUCCAACUGAUGUCAGCAAGAAAAUAAAGUCCUCAGUUGACAACCUGCAAGAAACUGAAUACUCCAACAGCUGUAUGAGCUUGGAGGCAGAUCUGACCCCAGUCAAACUUUUGAAGUCCACAGGCAGGGUGUCCUACAGAAGCUGGAGUCCUUCGUCAUGGGGCUAAACACAUACACCUGGCCCAGGAGUCAGACAAACUGAACGGGAAUCCAGGGAAGGAGAGCAAUUGCAAGCUCGGAUGCUGCGUCACACCAAUGAGCAGGUCUCUUCUGCAGAGGUACGCAUCGGGCCCAUGAGACUGACGCAGGAUCCUAUCCAGGUUUUGCUGAUCUUUGCAAAGGAAGACAGUCAGAGUGAUGGAUUCUGGUGGGCCUGUGACAGAGCCGGUUACAGAUGUAAUAUUGCUCGGACUCCGGAGUCAGCCUUGGAAUGCUUUCUAGAUAAACAUCAUGAGAUUAUUGUGAUCGACCACAGACAAACUCGAAACUUUGAUGCAGAAGCAGUGUGCAGGUCGAUCCGGGCCACAAAUCCCUCGGAGCACACGGUGAUUCUUGCGGUGGUUUCACAAGCAUCCGGCGACUAUGAAGAGGCCUCGGUCCUUCCUCUUCUGCACGCAGGCUUCAACCGGAGAUUUAUGGAGAAUAGCAGCAUAAUUGCUUGCUAUAAUGAACUGAUUCAAAUAGAACAUGGAGAAGUUCGCUCACAGUUCAAGUUAAGGGCCUGUAAUUCAGUGUUUACAGCAUUAGACCACUGUCAUGAAGCCAUAGAAAUCACAAGCGAUGACCACGUGAUUCAGUAUGUCAACCCAGCCUUCGAAAGGAUGAUGGGCUACCACAAAGGUGAGCUCCUGGGGAAAGAACUCGCCGAGCUGCCCAAAAGUGACAAGAACCGGGCGGACCUUCUCGACACCAUCAACACCUGCAUCAAGAAGGGCAAGGAGUGGCAGGGGGUUUACUAUGCCAGACGGAAAUCCGGCGACAGCAUCCAACAGCAUGUGAAGAUCACUCCAGUGAUUGGCCAAGGAGGGAAAAUUAGGCAUUUUGUCUCCCUCAAGAAACUGUGUUGUACCACUGACAAAAAUAAGCAGAUUCACAAGGUUCAUCGUGACUCAGGAGAUAAUUCUCAAACAGAGUCUCAUUCAUUCAGAUACAAGAACAGGAGGAAAGAGUCCAUUGAUGUGAAAUCAAUAUCAUCUCGAGGCAGUGAUGCCCCAAGCUUACAGAAUCGUCGCUAUCCAUCCAUGGCAAGGAUCCAUUCCAUGACCAUCGAGGCUCCCAUCACAAAGGUUAUAAAUAUAAUCAAUGCAGCCCAAGAAAACAGUCCUGUCACAGUAGCAGAAGCCUUGGACAGAGUUUUAGAAAUUUUACGGACCACAGAACUGUACUCCCCUCAGCUGGGUACCAAAGAUGAAGAUCCCCACACCAGUGAUCUCGUGGGAGGCCUAAUGACUGAUGGCUUGAGAAGGUUGUCAGGAAACGAGUAUGUGUUCACUAAGAAUGUGCCCCAGAGUCACAGUCACCUUGGGAUGCCAGUAACCAUCAACGAUGUCCCCCCUUCUAUCGCUCAAUUACUUGAUAAUGAGGAAAGCUGGGAGUUCAACAUCUUUGAAUUGGAAGCUGUGACACACAAAAGGCCAUUGGUUUACCUGGGCUUAAAAGUCUUUUCCCGGUUUGGAGUAUGUGAAUUUUUACACUGUUCUGAAACUACCCUUCGGGCCUGGCUCCAAGUGAUUGAAUCCAACUACCACUCCUCCAAUGCUUACCACAACUCCACUCAUGCCGCUGAUGUCCUGCACGCCACUGCCUUCUUCCUUGGAAAAGAAAGAGUGAAGGGAAGCCUCGAUCAGCUAGAUGAGGUGGCUGCCCUGAUUGCUGCCACAGUCCAUGACGUGGAUCACCCAGGAAGGACCAACUCUUUCCUGUGCAACGCAGGCAGUGAACUCGCCGUGCUCUAUAAUGACACUGCUGUCUUGGAGAGUCACCACACAGCCCUGGCCUUCCAGCUCACGGUCAAGGACAGCAAAUGCAACAUUUUCAAGAAUAUUGACAGGAACCAUUAUCGAACACUGCGCCAGGCUAUUAUUGAUAUGGUUUUAGCAACAGAGAUGACAAAACACUUUGAACAUGUGAACAAAUUUGUGAACAGCAUCAACAAGCCAAUGGCAGCUGAGAUUGAAGGCAGUGACUGUGAAUGCAACCCUAUUGGGAAGAACUUUCCUGAAAAUCAAAUCCUGAUUAAGCGCAUGAUGAUUAAGUGUGCUGACGUGGCCAAUCCAUGCCGCCCCCUGGACCUAUGUAUCGAAUGGGCCGGAAGGAUCUCCGAGGAGUACUUUGCACAGACUGAUGAAGAGAAGAGACAGGGGCUACCUGUAGUGAUGCCAGUGUUUGACCGGAAUACCUGUAGCAUCCCCAAGUCCCAGAUCUCCUUUAUUGACUACUUCAUAACAGACAUGUUUGAUGCUUGGGAUGCCUUUGCACACCUGCCAACCCUGAUGCAACAUUUGGCCGAUAACUACAAACACUGGAAGACGUUAGAUGACCUAAAGUGCAAAAGUCUGAGGCUUCCAUCUGACAGCUAAAGCCAAGACAGAGAAGGUGACCUCUUGAUCUACAAAGGGCACUGUGAAUCACAGUAGUGUAAACAAGAGGCUUUCCUUCAUAAUGAAAAUGACAGGUGUAGGUUAAGGAGCUAAUGUUUAAUAUCUGACUUUGAAUCAUUCAACUUCCCAAAUUUCAUUUUUAGAAAAUUAUGUUCCAUGAAGAAAAAUAUAUGUUCUUUUGAACAAUCACUUAGUGACAGAACAAACACAUGGCAAAAUCCUUUGCCCUGCUGUCAUCCUGUCUGCCCUCAUCAAACCCUGCAGCUGAUUCACUGUAACUAGCAGGAGACAUGCAGCAAAAACUUGGUGCCCAUGAGCCCACCAUCUCUGUGGAUGAUGGACCAUGUAGCUUAGGCUAGUGGUUUAGCUCAUCUUUUACCAUGAAAGUCACCAUCACUGUUUAGCUUGACUACUUUCCUCAAGAGCAUCAUCAAUCUAAAAGGUUCAUAAGAAUAAGAAAAAAAACCCAUAUAAAGUGAGCAAAACAACUAGGACCAAACUGCUGAUAAACUAGUUAGCUUCAGAGCCUCCAUGGCUAGGUGGUUCUGAUCAACGGUGUAACACCCAAGUUAGAACACAGUCUGUCUUGGCCUGGUUGAGUGCCUUCUCUAGACUGGUAUCAGCAGCCUGUGUAGUCCUCUCUCCUACAAAAGGGAUUCAUCUUAACAGAAAGCCAACCAUGAUGGGGAAGGAAGUGACAUCUUGUCUGGGGGGAAUCCAAGAGCUUUUUCCCUUUAUUUUUGGUUUACAGAGGCAGUUACAAGGCACUAUAGUAGGUAUUAUAUACAAGCCAUUAAUCUGAAUGCCCUUGGACAAGCUUUUUUUAAAAAAAAAAAAUUUAUAUACAUUUGCUGUUUAAAAUUUUUAUUAAAGCAAUCUAAAUUUUCUGGGUUUAAGUCCAUGGAGUACACGUUGUGCCGAGUACUGAGGAGACAGAGGAAGUUUUAAGGUUCAGAUGUUUUUAACCUAUCUAUAUUUAAGAUCAUGCCAUUUUGCUUUAAUGAUGAAAAAAAAGAUUGCAAGGUGUGUAAAUAUAUCAGAAAAUAGCAUAUGGGGAAGCAGUAAAUACUAUUUUAAGCUAUUAAUUGUAUGCUAAAAGCUUCUAAAGCACAAGUGCAUAUUUUUAUACAGCUCUUUUCACAACUUUCUGUGGUCUACAUGAAGUCAGACUUGAGAUUUUCUUUUCUCUUUUACCAGCCAGCCCUUCUCUAUGUAUUAUAGAGAUUCCGUAAACAAAAUCUUUGUUUUUCUUUCAAAUUCUCUGUACUUCAUGCUGCAUUUCUAAGAGGUAUAAACAAACAGACUAAAUUAACUGACCCAGUAGUUAGUUACUUUUUUCAAAUGAAAAUUGGAAUGCAGAACACUUGGAACUAGUACAUGGGGGAAAAAAUUACUUAUCACUACAAAACAUGCCAAUGUUUUUUUCUAUGUUUUGUACCAACAAAUGGAAACAUAUAUGACAAUUCCAUGCAACGAAAUGUACCUAAAUUAUUUUUGUUAGAUGGUAAGAGAACUUGCUUGGUCAGGACAGCAGCUAGCUUUGUAUUGUAAUGCUGCACUAUGUAAAUGUGAUGAAAAUGUUUUUGUGAAGUACUUGUAACUAAAUUCCUACAGCCAUUUUUCAUUCCUAACAGCUGUUUUUAUUUUACCUCUUUGGCCUAAAUUUUUCAUAAUUUCAA